UCUGUUGUCUCUGCUGCACUGAGUUUAUCUCAGCCCAUGCGAUGGCUCUGGGUGAGCAGAGGCAAAUCCAGCUCACGUGAGAGCCAGCCACGGUGUCCUGCAGGUCUGCCAGCUGCUGAGGUUGAGCUGGAACCAGCCCACAUUUCCCCACAUAGCCAGGGACUCUCCUCUGUCUGGGUACAGGUCCCUGGAAGCUGCUUUUUCCAGCACGCGUAGCCUCGUGUGGCUGUGGGAGCACUGGCAGGGUCAUCCCCUCACUGCCUGGCAGGGACAGACUGGCCAUGGCCUCUUGUCAAGAGCACAGGACAGCCAGGGCUGCACAGGGGGACAGGAGGGCUCCCCUCGCUGCCAAGUUCUCAGCAUGAAGGAUUCUAAGAGAGAGAUAAAGGAAGGUGACUUUCCUCUGUUUGCAUCUUUGGGAACACCCAGGUCCCAUGAAGGUGGAAGCUUGCCAUGGCAGGCCCCGGGACUCCCGUGAGGAACAGCUUGCUGCCAUCCCAGCAGCACUGACUGGACAGGGAGCUCCUUGCAGGGAGUCACCUCACCCUGUGCCAAAGCUCCUUGGUCUGAGAUCUAGAGAUCAUGAGCAAAUACGGUGCCACUGUAAUAAUAGAAUAGUUUAGUUUGGAAAGGCCUUUAAGAUCACUGAGUCCAACCAUUAACCUGAGCUGCCAAGGCCACCACUAACCCAUGUCCCCAGGUGCCGUGUACACUGCCUGUUAAAUCUCUCCAGGGACAGUGACACCAUCACUUCCCUGAGCAGGCUGCUCCGAUGCCUGACAACUCUUUUGAUGUAGAAUAUUUUCCUAAUAUCCCCGCUGAGGUGGGGGCGGUGGGUCGGAAGGAGUGGGGCCGGAGCUGGUGAGAUGCCGGGGCCGGUCGGAAGGAACGGGGCUGGGAUUGAGGAGGGGACCGGUGGGAUGCCGGGGCCAGUGAGAUGCCGGGGCCAGUGAGAUGCCGGUGCCGGUGCGAUGCCGGUGUCAGUGAGAUGCCGGGGCCGGUGCGAUGCCGGGGCCGGUGCGAUGCCGGGGCCAGUGAGAUGCCGGGGCCAGUGAGAUGCCGGGGCCAGUGAGAUGCCGGGGCCGGUGCGAUGCUGGGGCCGGUGCGAUGCUGGGGCCGGUGCGAUGCCGGUGUCAGUGAGAUGCCGGGGCCGGUGCGAUGCCGGCGCUCAUCGGAAGGAGCGGGGCCGGGCGUGACGCCGCGGGGGCGGUCGCAGGCGGGGCCGGGCGGCAGCGGGAGGAGCAGCGGGAGCAUGGCGGAGGCCGAGCAGGACGGCGUGUCCGGGGCCGCGGAGCCGCCGCGGUACCGGGGAGCGCUGCACCCCGACACGUGGGAGCAGGAGCUGGAGGCCAUCCCCAUGUUCAUGAAGCGCUGCCCGGCCGAGAUCGAUGCGGCGCGGCAGCCCGAGCUCGCCUGCCUGCAGUCGCUGCUGUUCGACGAGGAGCAGAGCCCCGCAGAGCUGGCCAGGAUGUACAAGAACGAAGGGAACGAGUACUUCAAGGAGAAGGACUACGGGAGAGCGGUGGCCGCCUACUCGGAGGGGCUGCAGAGGCGGUGCGGGGACGCCGAGCUGGACGCGGUGCUGCUCACGAACCGAGGGGCCGCACAUUUCCACUUGGGUAACUACCGUUCUGCUCUCAAUGAUGCCAUCCAAGCCAAAAAGCUGAAGCCCACCCAUCUCAAAGCCAUCAUAAGAGGAGCUCUCUGUCACAUGGAGCUAAAGAAUUUCUCGGAAGCGAUAGCAUGGUGUGAGGAAGGCUUGCAAAUAGACUCAAAAGAGAAAAAGCUUGUGGAAAUGAGAGCUAAAGCUGACAAAUUAAAGCGAAUUCAGGAGCGGGAUGCAAGGAAAGCAAAGGCGAUGGAGAGGAAAGAGCAGUGUCAAAAGGAAAUUUUGCUUGCAGCAAUAAAGGAAAGAAAUAUCAAGCUGGUCCUUGAGCCUUCAGAUGAAGAAGAGGAAGUGUCAGAUGGCCUGGCUGAAAUAUCCUUAGAUGGGUUCCACUCUGACAGUGCCGCGGGGGCAAAAGUGCAUUUAGAUGCUGAUGGCAGCCUGAACUGGCCUGUCCUCUUCCUGUACCCUGAGCACGAGCAGACAGAUUUCACUGUGGCUUUUCAUGAGAACUCCAGGUUUAUUGAUCAUUUAAUGGUGAUGUUUGCUGAGUUGCCUCCUUGGGAUUUAGAAAAAAAAUACCUUCCCAACAAUCUUGAGCUCUAUUUUGAAGACGAAGAAAGAGAAGAAAUGUAUGAGGUGAACCCAGAACACACAUUGCUACAAGUGCUGCAGCACGAAAGGUAUUUUGUAAAGGCCGGGACCCCGACAGUUUUGGUAUUUGCCAAGCGUUCUCCUUUCUCUAAGAAAUACUUCUCUGGCAAGAAGGUGCACCGAUUGUAAUGGGCAAGAAAGAAACAAGGAGUUCUGUGCAAGAGGCUGCUGUUUGUUAGCCCAGCUCCAGGCUGCAAACUUCUGCUUGAACAAAAAUACCUUGCACUCUUCAGGGGAGGAAAAUAAUCUUGGCACACAGGGAAACUUCCAGGGGAGCAGCAUAGGAGAAUGAAGGGGAGAACAUGAGGGGAUUAUUUGUUUAAAAGGAAACCCAGCUGGCUUGCAGAAGGUCUCCUCUAUGAUGGGCUGUAUGUGGUUUUGAAAUAAACCUGAAGCAGUGCCAAACACUGGCUGUGGUUGCAGUAACAGCAGCUGGGAAUGUACUUCCUCACCUGAGAAGAAUCACACAUUUCUUCCGAGGUGGGCUGUCGUUGCUGGGGUUUAACAGCAGUGGCCUGGGGAGGUGCCUGCCUGUUGCAGCGGGGUGGAUGCAGUCAGGUUCCUGCCUGGGACUCAGCAGCUGCUGGCUUGGCUCUGCUGCUGGCCAGGGUACAGCAGAGCUCUCUGUGUGGAGCAGUGUUUGACUGACCCUUUUGAUACCUUACUGGCUGUCCUGCAGAACCUGCAAUAAACAUGGCUAUUUUAA